AUGGCUUACAACAAAUCCUACAACCCCGAUGCGCUGCCGGCCCAUUCCUCAGGGCACAGCCAAAGCAUGUCCCAAAAACCACUUCCUUCCCGCCCACCACCGCAGGCAGGCCACAGUGGUGUUCCUCCUCGCGUGCCUGUAUCCAGCGCUCCCCCGCAGGGCGCAUACGCUACCCCGCCGCCGCGCUUCGACCAAACACACUCAUACAGCGGACGUCCGUCAUCGAACCCGCCUCUCCCAAGCCAAAGCCACCCCCAAAGCUAUAACCAGACUCAACCGCGCCCCCAUUCUCUACACCCUUCACCGCCGCCUCAAAAUUACGGCUUCGGCCCACCACCCGUCCAGCGCAAUCGGCCUGCGCCCUCUUCGCGCCCUCCCCAAUCACCCGUUCCACCCCUCACAGCGCCCAGCAAUGAUCCGCAACAACUGUUUCCCCUGUUCCGCGCCGCGAACUCCUCCCACUCCGGCGCCCUCACGGAGAUGGAGCUCGGAUCCGCCCUUGUAAACGGCGACUUUACCUCCUUCCACCCACGAACCGUCAGAUUGAUGAUCCGAAUGUUCGACCGCGACGGAACCGGGACCAUCAACUUCGACGAGUUUUGUUCGUUGUGGCGGUAUCUCGCUGCGUGGAGAGAGCUGUUCGACCGCUUUGACGAGGAUCGCAGCGGGCGGAUUAACAUGGCCGAGUUUGAGAAAUCGCUUGUUGCGUUCGGGUAUAGGCUCAGUCCGAAGUUCAUUGGGGUUAUAUAUGGUGUCUUUGAGGGCAAGGCGAGGCAGAUGGCUGCGGCGGCUAAAGAUCCUGGUCGCGGGGGUAUGAGCUUCGAUUUAUACGUUCAGGCUUGUAUUAGUCUGAAGCGUAUGACGGAUGUUUUCAAGCGGUAUGACGAAGACCGGGAUGGUUAUAUUACCCUCAGCUUUGAGGAGGCCUUGACGGGUAAGUUUUGA